AUGGCUCCACCUUCCCAUCUGAAGAUGAAGAUGAAGAUGCUCGCCGUGGUGUGCGUCCUUGUGCUGGUCGGCCUCAGCUUGAGCCAGCAGGCGACGGCGUCGGGCUGCGAUGACUGCGCCGACGAACACAAUCCGGCGGUUUGUGCUCGCAGUUGCACUGAAUAUUCCAGCGCCGAGCAUUCCUGCGCUGGCUGCCCCAUGCUGCAAAGCAUGCUUUCGUGCUCGCAAAAAUGCUUGGAUGGUUGCUUUCACGCGUGCGGUAGACGGCCCUGA